AUGCAUCUUGAACUUGAUAACUCUCUCUCAGUCAACUCUAAUAGUAUCCCAGAACCCAGGCUCUUGUUCAAACUGACCAACCGGGAAGUCUUUAAAACUUUCCUGGAGAAAAACUAUGAUGCUAACGUGCCCAAUGAUAAAAACCUGCAUGAGGUAGAAAUUGACAACUACAUUCAAUAUAUCAAUGAGAAUAUAAUAUGUGCAAUCAACAAUAUACCAAAAUCUAAAUCUACCGGCAACAUCCAGCGUGAUAUUACUAAAAGGAUAACUCAACUAGAAAAGCGCAAAUCCUCAUUACUCACCAGGCUUAAUCGCAGACUAAAACAUGACCCCAGAGCCAAAACGAGAGAAACAAAAUCUAUCAAACUUCUCCUCGCGCAGACAAGAGAAGACCUUAAUCUCGAGUUUAGCUCGUCAAUAGACACGCACUGGAAUAAUGACUUCAGAAAGAUUAACUUCAGGGAUUCGGAAAGAUUCAUGCCAAUGGUGAACAGGAUCUUUCGUCCAAAGGCAAAAUCAGAUCUGGCUGACAUCCACAUCUCUGCCAACAACGAGACCAUUCUCAAUAACUCUGGUAACAACCUUGAUGAAACUCCUCUUGUCAACGAUAAAUAUACCUUCAGUGACCCGAUUAGCAAACUAAAUGCCAUAGGAGCCUUCUACGAGACCAUCAACUCCCCCAGGUACCUCAACGAAGGAACACGACUGAGGGAGGUUAUAGACAGGAAAGUUUCUGACUUCGAAAACACUACUGAACGAGAAAGAUGUAACAAAGAAGCAAUCACGAACUUCACUUCAACCAACAGAGCCAACCACUCCACUGAGGACUCUCUGGAUAAAUAUUUCACGUUGCCUGAGAAAAUCGCACUGAUCAUCAAGAAUCUGCCGAACAAAACCUCCAGCGGAAUUGAUAACAUCCCAACAGUUGUUAUCAAACACCUGCCACUGAAUGUUAUAAAAUACUUCACAGCGCUAGUGAAUAAUGCACUCAACCUCAGCUACUUCCCCAAAAUUUGGAAAGUCGCUCAAGUCAUCCCAAUCCUCAAAAAGGACAAAAACAGCGAAGACCCCUCCAGCUACCGCCCUAUCAGCCUGACACCGUCACCUCAGCAAAAUAUAUAA